CAAGCCAGGAAGCGAUUGCAGCAUGAGCUCGAGGAUUACAGGAGUCAGAGGGCAAUGGACAUCGAAGACAAAGAAACCAGCAUGGAGCAGACGCGGAAGAAAUACCAGACCGAGUUCGCAACACUUACCCACGAACUGGACAUUGCUCGAGAGGAGAAACUCUUCAAGCAAGACGAAAACACCAGACUUCGAGAGGAGCUUGAGGAGCUUCGAUCAAAAUGGGACGAUGAAGUGCUCAACAGCUCCACUUGGUCGAAGGAGAAGGCUCGCCUGGAGUCUACUCUUUCUGAUCUUUCCGAAUCUCGCGAUGAAGCUAUCAAGGCUCAUACCAAUGCCCAAGACAAGAUUGUGUCGUUGAUGUCUCAACUUCAAGGCUUGCGAACAUCAAUGGAUGAUGUCGCUGCCGAGAGGGAUACUCUUCAGCGGGAGAAGCGCAGUCUCGAAGCUCGUCUAGAGGAAGCCAAAUCCGGGCUUGAAGAGCUCGCUCGUGGCGAUAGCCCUUCAUUGCGCAAUGCCGCUGGCAUGGAUCGCGAGAUCCUGGAGCUGAAGUCCAACCUAGCACAGCAAGAAGACAUUGUCGCAGCCGCAGUCGGCAAGAUGAAGCGCGCCGAAGCUCUAGCAUCCGAAAUGCAAAAAGACAUCGUCGCCGAGCGGGAGCAGACCGCCCAACUCAGCAAAGAGAAAGCCGCGCUCGAGAAAUCGCUCAUGGAAGUGCAAGUCCGGCUCGUGGACCUCGAGACCAAGGGGUACUCUAGCGCUAGCCAAGACGUCCGUUUCCUCCACGGCCGCGUCCAAGAGCUCGAAUCCCAGCUCGAAGCGCAAGAAACGGAGCGCAAUAAGUCGCAACGUUCGGUGCGCAACGUGGACCGCACGGUCAAAGAUCUACAGUUGCAGAUUGAGAGGCGAGAAAAAGCGAAUACGCAGCUGCAAGAGGACAUCGCGCGCGGGAGAGACAAGAUCGAGAAGCUGCUUAAGACAAUCGACGAGCUGCAGGUUUCUGAGUCUGAGGCUGGCCUUUCUGCUAGACGCGCCGAGAGAGCAGCAAAAGAAGAGGCGGCCAAGGCGUUGAGACUUGAGAGGGAAGUUGAGGGGCUGAAAAGUCUGGGAGGUAAGAAGGGCUUUGGCAGGAGCGAGAGUGUGUGGAGUUUGGCGAGUGGCAUGGGGCAUAUUAGACAUGAUUCCAGUGCGAGUCGGAUGAGCAGUGGCAUGGGACCUGGGACCGGAGCAGAGGAAAAUGGGAUCGAGGUCCCGAAGCGGAAGAGCAGUAUUACGAGGAAGGGGAGCAUGAGUAAGGGGUUUUUGUGAGGCGAGUGAGCGAAGUGAGGGAGAUUUGCGUGAGCGAAGUGGGCGGGCCUUGUUAAUUCUGGGAGACUGGGAGGU